UUCCUUCUUUCCACUCCUUUCCCUCUUCUUCUACACACACACACACACACACACAUCCAUCCUCUUGAACAGCGAAUUAUUCAUCAUCUCCCUCACCUCCCUAACCAAGUUUUUGUCUUUCUUUCCCCUCAAGGAGAUGAUAGAAAGUGACAUUACAGCCAUAAUGUCAGGAAUCCUUAGAAAUUCAGGACAGAAUCUUCACUCUUCUCCGCAGGAAUACAGGCUCAUGGCCUCCGACCCCUCCCGGGCUGCCGAGGAGGAGCUGCCCAGUGACCUGCAGUCCCUCUCCUGGCUGACGGCAGUGGACGUGCCGCGGCUGCAGCAGAUGGCCAGCAGCCGGAUGGACUUUGGAGGCCCCGGUGCCUUGCUGCAGCAGACAGGUUCCAUGGCAGCCAGUGUGCUCACGGUGGGCGCCCCGGGCGCCAUCAGCCACGUGCCAGGCAGCGUGCCCCCCCAGGGCCUGCUGGGGCUUGGCAGUAUCGGGUCCCACGGAGCCAGUAUGAGCCAGUACCCCAUGGGGGGCCAGCAGGACCAGCCCCAGCUCUACCCGGCGCCCUCCCAGCCGCCAUUUACCCUGGCCCAGGGGCCACAUCAGUGCCCCCCUGCCGGAAUGUACAGCGUCUCCUUCGGGGCACAGCCUCCGUUCCCCCAGCCUCGCCUCCCCGCGCACUCAGCCCAGGACCUGCACCCCAAGCACUACCCCAAGCCCAUCUACUCCUACAGCUGCCUGAUCGCAAUGGCCUUGAAAAACAGCAAGACGGGCAGCCUCCCGGUCAGUGAGAUCUACAGCUUCAUGAAGGAGCACUUCCCCUACUUCAAGACGGCCCCCGAUGGCUGGAAGAACUCGGUCCGACACAACCUGUCCCUGAACAAGUGCUUCGAGAAGGUGGAGAACAAGAGCAGCGGCUCCUCGCGCAAGGGCUGCCUCUGGGCCCUUAACCUGGCGCGCAUCGACAAGAUGGAGGAGGAGAUGCACAAGUGGAAGCGGAAGGACCUGGCCGCCAUUCACCGCAGCAUGGCCAACCCGGAAGAGCUGGACAAGCUGAUCAGCGACCGGCCGGAGAGCUGCCGCCGCCUCGGGGAGCUCGGGGAGCCCGACGCGCCGGGGCCCGGCCGCCUGGCCGCCCCGCGCCUCCCGCCGCAGCCCGUGAUGACCCUGUCGCUCCAGCCCCUGCCCCUGCAGCACCAGCUGCAGCCUCGCCUGGGCCUGGCCCCCGGCUCCCCGGCGCCCGCCCAGACCCCGCCGCUGCACGCCCUGCCCGACGUGAGCUGCAGCCCCCUCCCCACCCACCACGCCCUCAGCAGGGCUCCCGUGGACUUCCUGAGCGUCGUGGGCGACGUGGGCGCGGAGGUGGACGCCCUGGACCCCAGCAUCGUGGACUUCGCCCUGCAGGGGAACCUCUGGGACGACAUGAAGGACGACAGCUUCAGCUUGGACGCCCUCGGGGCCUUCAGCAACUCCCCCCUGCAGCUGUCGGACUGUGACCUGGGCGCCUCGGGGCUCACCCCCGUCUCCAGCGGCAGUGACCAGUCCUUCUCAGACUUGCAGGUCACCAGCCUGUACACCGCCUACGCAGCCGCAGGGGACGGCGCGCCUUCCUCCUCUGCCCAGUACCUGGGCGCCCCAGGCAAUAAGCCCAUUGCCCUGCUCUGAGCGCCCGGGCUCUUGGCCUUGGUGGGCAUGGGGGCCUGGCCUUGGAGGCGGAAUGGGGGGAGGUCUGGUGCGUGGGGGAAAUGGCGGGUCAGGAGCUCUGCUCUGCUGGAGCCCACCAGCCCAGUCCCUGCCCACGGGCGGAUCCCCAGCCCCAGGGGGCCGCUCCUGCUGCUCACAUGGCCCUUAGGAAGAUAUGGAGCUGUGUGUGUGUGUGCGUGUGUGUGUGUGUGUGCGUGUGUGUGUG